UGUGGCUGUAAACACGGUGGCGAUUCUGCGAUGCGCUGCUUUAUUCUCACCGACGGAUUGAUCUGAACGAUCGUGCUAGUUUUAGCAGCGUUGUGCUUCUAAAGGAAUCCUCUAAAACAAAGAGACCCAGCCCGGUGGUGAAGAUGGUGCUGGUGCUGGGGAGCUGAACGCAGCGGCUCGGUAGGAUCGGUGUUUACGGUGAACGAUGGCCGCACCUGCAGAAGCGGAUCUCACCUUGGCGGAGGCGGAUGUCUGCAAAGAGAAAGCGCAAGUCUUCGGGAUCCUGUGCUUACAGGACGAAGGAGAAAAGGCAGCCGGCGGCAGCAGCAGCACAAGCAGCAGUAUCAGCAGCGGAUGUGGCAGCAGGACGGACGGGAGAUGGCAGGCUCCCAUUUUCGCUUUAGCUCGGAAAGCUUCGGAAACCAUUUCGAGCGGAAUUCACGUCCUGCCGAAGGUAGCCGAACCCAAAGUGUGCGCUUUCUCCGAGGAGUGGAGCGUCAGUGCUUUUCGGGAUCCCAUGGCUGUGGAAAGGACGAACCUGCUGAACAUGGCGAAGCUCAGCAUUAAAGGGCUGAUUGAGUCAGCGCUGAGCUUCGGUCGGACGCUGGACUCUGAUUAUCCGCCUUUGCAGCAGUUCUUUGUGGUCAUGGAGCACUGUCUGAAGCACGGCCUCAAAGUAAAGAAGACGUUUCUUGGAUACAACAAGUCCUUGUGGGGACCUUUGGAGAUGGUGGAGAAGCUGUGCCCAGAGGCGGGAGAGAUCGCUGCCAGUGUUCGAGACUUACCCGGCCUCAAGACUCCACUGGGCCGGGCGCGGGCAUGGCUAAGACUGGCACUGAUGCAGAAGAGAUUAGCCGACUACCUGCGUGUACUCAUCACCAGAAAAGACAUACUCAGUGAUUUCUAUGAAAGUUCUGCAGUCAUGCUGGAGGAGGAGGGAGCCGUUAUCGUUGGUCUCCUGGUGGGACUCAACGUCAUCGAUGCCAACCUGUGUGUAAAGGGUGAAGACCUGGAUACCCAAGUUGGGGUGAUUGACUUCUCCAUGUACUUAAAAAACGACAUUGAUGAUUACAGAAGUGAAGAAAGAAAUGGCCAAAUUGCAGCAAUACUGGAUCAGAAGAACUACGUCGAAGAACUAAACAGGCAGCUUAAUUCCUCGGUUCAGGGUCUGCAGGGGCGUGUCGACUCGUUAGAGAAAUCAAACUCCAAACUGAUCGAGGAGUUGGCAAUAGCGAAAAACAACAUCAUCAAAUUGCAGGAAGAGAACCACCAGCUGAGAUCGGAGAACUCGCUGAUCAUCAUGAAGGCACAGCAACGACUCGAGGCGACACAGGGCGAUGUCACCUGUGAGCUGGACACGUACAAGCAGUCCCGGCAGGGCCUGGACGAAAUGUACAACGAGGCACGGAGGCAGCUGAGGGAGGAAUGUCAACUCCGGCAGGAUGUGGAGAAUGAGUUGGUGGUGCAGGUUAGCAUGAAGCAGGAGAUGGAACUGGCCAUGAAGCUCUUAGAAAAAGACAUCCAUGAGAAGCAGGACACUCUGAUCGGACUUCGGCAGCAGCUAGAUGAGGUUAAAGCCAUCAAUGUGGAAAUGUACCAGAAAAUGCAGUCCUCUGACGAUGGCCUGAAGCAGAAGAAUGACAUGAUUGCACGGCUGGAGGAGAAGACCAAUCAGAUAACAGCGACUAUGAAACAGCUAGAGCAAAGAUUGCAGGGAGCCGAGAGGGACCGUCUGAGCUCUGAGGAGGGAAUGCGCCGGUUCAGGCAGGACUUUGUCAACAAAGCCGACAGCCUACAGAAAGAAAUCGAGCACAGAGAGAAACAGAUGGUUCAGCUGGAAACAGAUUUAAAAAUCGAGAGAGAGUGGAGACAAACCCUUCAAAACGACCUGGAGAAAGAGAGAGAGAACAUCGACCAGCUGAGGGACGAAGCACAACAAAUCAACGUGCUUAAGAAGGAGUUUCACAGGUUGCAGGAUGAAAAUUCACAGCUGAGGGGGAUUUGUGAGGAACAGGAGCAGGCGCUCGAGGAGCUGGGCUGCAAACUCAGCGAGUCAAAACUGAAAAUCGAGGAUAUAAAGGAAGCCAAUAAAGCACUUCAGGGUGGACAGGUUUGGCUGAAGGACAAAGACGCCACACACUGCAAACUAUGUGAGAAGGAGUUUUCCAUCUCGAGAAGAAAGCAUCACUGCAGAAACUGUGGAGAGAUCUUCUGCAACGCUUGUUCGGAUAACGAGCUGCCCCUCCCUGCUUCACCCAAGCCCGUCCGAGUAUGUGAUACGUGCCACGCACUACUUCUUCAGCGCUGCUCCUCUAACGCCACGUGAAACACAGACAACUGCGGACAGCGGCGGCUUUAACAGUCCACCACACGCUCUUCAUGUUCAAAACUGUAACCAAACUGACCAAACUAGCUGCAGGUGUUUUUUAGUGUUUGAAGUUUACAUUUCAUACAGCAGUUCUGUGUGUGACCAGCACAUACUGAGUGCUCGACAAUGAAAACCGAUGACGAAUAUCACUUUCAUUCCACGUAGCGUUUUCUAACUACACAUGACCAACAACUGUUUAAUUCACUACAGUGAGCAGCACUAAAAUCCACCGAUACUGCAAACGGAUUCUUAUAACAGGACAACAUUCCAGCCCCUGCUGUAGAAAUACAGACGGGUUAACAGGCUUCACAUGGUGUCAAACAUAUCAAGCAAUUAAAACUGCCAUGAAGAUUUUAUUAUUAUUAUUAUUAUGAUUAUUUUGAAUUUACAUGAACGUGUGCCUGCCUGACAAGCCAAACAGGACGUCCACGUUUCUCAGAGGACGACUAUUAAAGGCUGAUGUCGUCAGUGCUGCUUUGACAGGGUUGAAAAAUGAAAACAGCACCAUAGCAGUGUGUCUGCUGUUUCCAUAAGCACUCGUAUUAUCAGAUUGAACCAAAAUCUGAUGAGUGGAGUAGUAGCGUGCAUGCAUUCAAGAGACCUGGGUCUGCUUUUUUAGUCCUGUGUCUGGGGACUAGAUUGUUGUUGACACUUUGUCCUUGUAGACAGAAUGCACCUAAUGGCAGCACAACAACUUGUGAGUUCGAAUCUCAGCUCUGCUAUUGGUCGGGAGUUGAGCGACCAGGCGGCUAAACAGACAAUGAUUGGCUUGUCUGAGGGUGGGAUUGCUGCUGGGGAUUCCUCAUAACUGCUGCAAUUAUGACCUCUGCUGGACGUUUGGUGGCACCUUCACAUAAGAUAGACAGCUGUGUGACUCUCCGUACGCGAUACAGAUCUCUACAUAAACCAGCCUCAAGCAGGUGAAAAGAAGCUGUCCGGUACUGCUCAUGUGUCGGAGGGGGCGUGUGAUAGUCCCGGCUCUUCUUUGUGAGCAGCGGUAGAGGUGCAAUCAAAAAAUAGGUUGCUGGUUCAAUUCCCACCACCACCAUGCUCAAUUGCUCAAAUUGUGUUGAGUCAUUAUUGAAAGUCGCUUUGGAUAAAAGCGUCUGCCAAAUGCCACAAAUGUAAAUAAAACCAUAAUGACGCCACUAAAAAAGCUCUGAAGAUUACGAAUGUUAAUUUAUUGACCAACUAAUCGUGUUGUUACUAAAUUCUUUUUUUUUGUCACUGUCCCUGGACUAUGUAUCAUAUUGUAAUGAACUAUGAAGUAUUAUUUUACACUACAGCACAGGUAUUUUUACAUUAAAAGUGUAAAACUGUUCUACAAACAGUUUCAAAGGUGAAAGUGCUAAACUGUACAUAUUAUUCACUAAUGUUAAUACAUACACCGAUAAGGCAUAACAUUAUGACCACCUUCCUAAUAUUGUCUUGGUCCCCCUUUUGCUGCCAGAACAGCCCUGACCCGUCGAGGCAUGGACUCCCCUGAAGGUGUGCUGUGGUAUCUGGCACAGAUGUUAGCCGCAGAUCCUUUUAACUCCUGUAAGUUGUGAGGUGGGGCCUCCAUGGAUCGGACUUGUCUGUCCAGCACGUCCCACAGAUGCUCGAUUGGAUUGAGAUCUGGGGAAUUUGGAGGCCAAGUCAACACCUCAAACUGGUUGUUGUGCUCCUCAAACCGUUCCUGAAGCAUUUUUGCUUUGUGGCAGGGUGCAUCAUCCUGCUGAAAGAGGCCAUAGCCAAGUGGUACGUGAGGAUAAAAUGUUCACUUGCUGCUUAAUAUAUCCCACGCACUAACAGGUGCCAUGAUGAAGAGAUAAUCAGUGUUAUUCACUUCACCUGUCAGUGGUCAUAAUGUUAUACCUAGUCGGUGUAUUGUUCGAGCUCUGUUGUUACAGAUUUACGUCAUAUGAUAUAAAGUAAUGAAUGUUGCGACCUUCAGGAUGUUUAUUACUGUUUCACAAAUGUUUAGAACAGGUUUUUGUCCAGGUUCCAGAACACUAUCUGAAUCAUUAAAUACGUAUAUUUACAGUAAA